GGUGACAGAAAGCGGCGGGACUCUGUACAAAGUCUCCGCUACAUCUCCUCCCUCGACUCCUACAUCUCCUGCUCACAGAAAGGAGCGAUAUCCUUGUGGACUGGACAGAGUAUAUUUAUCAUCAAGCCGAUCGAGCACUCGCCCCAGUGUAUGGUCAGUAUCCCCAACUCCAACGGAGGGCCGGAGGACAAGAUUCUGUACGGAGAUGACCAAGGCUACGUCAACUUGCUGACCAUUCUUGCCAAAGACUUGACCAUGAAGAACUCCAAGGGAGACAACAAAAGGAGUCAGAACUCUCAGAGUUACGUGAUAGAGCCAAGCAAGUUGUCUCAUCACAUCAUCAGGAAAAAGCUACAUGACGACUGGGUGUUGAAGGUGAAAUAUUUCCCCGACCUGCGAUGUUUCGCCUCGUGUUCCCCCAGCAGCAAUCUCUCCUUCUGCCUGGAGGAAGUGGACAAAAUCUUCCACCUCAAUGAAGAAUCUCGUGCUGUGGCCAUCCCCAAAGGCGUGAACUGCUUCGACUUCUGCGCCCGGGCAAACAUCAUCGCCACGGGGGGUGUGGACAAGGUCAUCCGUGUCUGGCACCCACACAUCUUCUCUCGACCCACAGGUAAACUGAUGGGCCACUUGUUCACCAUCAUCGACAUCGCCAUGAACGAGCGAGACCAGCACAUCAUCAGCCUCUCCACCGCACGAGUCUUCCGAGUGUGGGACAUUCACACGCUCACCUGUCUACAGGCUCCAGCGUGAUUGACACCUGGCCGUUGACCCGGGCGGUACAGGACACGAUGCAGGUGCCACACACACACGACCGGCCCGUGGCUCAGAUUCUGUACAACAAAGAGCUGAACCAGGUUGUCUCUGCGUGCACCGAGUCUGUCAUAAAAGUGUGGGAGAUGGACAGUGGGAAGCUGGUCUACUCUAUCCCCGAGGCGCAUGGACCCAACAUGGAGGUCACUAUCCUGGCGCUGGACAAGACUGGCUACCGACUGGUCAGUGGUGCCUUUGAUGGUUCCCUCAAGGUAUGGGACUUCGGGGCAGGCCAGCUGAUCAAGGCCAAGCUGAACCCAAGCGGGUCGAUGGAGGAGGAUCUGAGCGUGACAGGGCUGGUGUGUAACAAGUCCGGGGACGACUACUACAUCAUCGCCGCCGGCUGGAACAACAAACUCCGCAUGUAUCUCGACUCCCACGACAACAAUGACCUUGUCCUGCUGCGAGACUUCUCCGACUUUUUCGUCUUGCUCCGAGAGAGGAGUAGUCUGGCCGGCACCAGCUCACCCAAGUCCCAGAGUUCUCUCUCAGCCCGCGACCCUUUCCCGCCCACCGACCCGCUGCCGGACAUUGGUCAGCCCAAGGCUCAGGUCACCCGACUGACGGAGAAGGAGUGCCAGUUGCUGCUGGACCACGAGCUGACCUGCAUGACAGUGGUGACCCCUGACCUCAUCGCCACUGGCUGCAACAACGGCAACAUCAUCUUCUGGUCGAUAGAGAAGUCGCGCGUAGAUAAAGUGUACAUCUUGCCAAAGGAAGUUGGGAACAAAGCCAAAACAGGAACUGACAGAAAAGUCAACGAAAUCAAACUUCUUGUACAUAAAGUUCGAAAACUGGACCCCGCAUAUUUCAAAAAAAUGACCCGCCAUCGCAAGUCAGACAUUGAGUCAAUAUCAGGCAAGAGCAACAUGUCCAAGAAGUCAAGGUCAUCUUUGUCGGACAAACCUCUGGAUCCACAGAUCCACGAGGAGGCAAGUAAACAGCUGGAGGAAUUGGCUGCCAAGGUGGAGGGAGAAGAAGGAUCUCAGGAUGAACAGAAGGAGAAGACAGAGGAGGGGAUGGAUGAGGUGGACUCCGGGGAGGGGAAGGGAGACGGGGACGAGACGGACAUUGACAGAGUGGCAGAGUCAAACCAGCCGGAGGCGAAGCAGGAGGGUUCGAGCACCGUGGACGAAAGUGUCCCUACCAAAACUGAGGAUGAGGAAGAGGGGGAGGGAGAGGAGGCCCCGGCAGACGUCAACAGCAGCAGUCACAUGAUUGUGGAGACGUUUGAGCCAAUCAUUGUGUCUCUUCACCAGGACUCCUUCGCUCGCUUCUGGGACAUGGAUGGCGUGAUUCUCCGCGAGAUCUCUCCUCUGACGCGCCGUCAGGGAAUUCCUGUGACCUCUCUGUGCCAUGAUGAGGACGUCAACAUCCUGGUGAUUGGGGACAACAAGGGAUACCUCACCCUGUGGGAUGUGAAGCAGUUCCUGGAAGAUCCCGAGACGGAAGAUUCUAACUGCCUGAAACAACAAGUCUGUUGGCGCGCCCACAUGAGCAAGAUCGUGUCCCUGGUCUACGUGGAUGCUCAGAAAGCCAUUCUGUCUAGCUCCAUGGAUGGCUCUGUCAGGGUCCUCUAGCCCCGGUGAAAAGAAAGAGUGCCUCCCACAAGAUCCGAUCGGUACAGAGGUUUGAGUACCCACUCAUGUUUGACAAAGAGAGGUGGGAGCCGUUCCGGCGAUCUGCGUACAUGUCCAAACGGGACCAGGUCUUGAGGCCGGAGGACAAGAAGUUUUUUGGUGCUCUCAUCAAACCGAAGGCGUACAACAGUCACCUGGAGAGUUUCACAACCGCGGAGAAAAACACUGGAGCUGUCUUCAGGGCCUUGCCUGUCUAUAGGGUUGUCACACCGAAGAAACCCAAGACUCCGGACAUCAGCUUCAAGAUCUCAGACGAUGAUGAUGACAACAUGUACGGGAAACAUCACGGCGGGGGUCAUUCAAAGUAUUCUCCAACCAAACUGCAUCCUGGACAGCGUCAGAAGCCCGGCACGACGUCACGAAACGCCAACAGCUCUCUCAGGGGCGGUAACCCACUCAGCAGAACAAGCUUGUUGUCUCCCUUCCCUAGAGCUCAGCAGACGACAAGACUUUCUCACGUGUCCUCUUUCUCCAUAAGAAAGUGAAUCAAUCCAGAAUGAAGACCGAUUUCAGUUUCAACCGUUUUAAGGUCAUGUUUCGAAAAAAAAAGAGAGUGCUUAAUAUAUUGGCUGAUUUGAUGGGGACAAAGUUCAAACGCUGGCCGUGAACCUGAAUUUAAACUGCUGAAAUUUACGGCUAACUUUAUAUAUAUAUAUAUCAAUUUAUUUUAUGAAACUUUAGCAAGAAGAACUGAUUAUUUAAAAACCUGUAUAUUUUUGUAAAUAGCGAUCAUGAAAGAUGACUGUGAGUGUGGAUUAUGGAAUUUUCACUUCACAAUAUUUGCCUAUUGUAUUUAUAUUAAUAAGUUGUCAACUCAAAUCGAUGAUAAUUUUUGUUCAAAAGAAACUUUGAAGUUUCAGCUUAUUCAGCAUUACUUUCUGUUUUCUGUAUUUAUAUACGUGUAUUUUUUUUUAAGACAUCAAAUCCAAUGCCUUCUUCAAAGGCAACCUGUUGAACUUUAAAAGAGUUCCCAUUUUAAUGAACUUCUCUUUAUGUGUUGCCAAAGUUUAUGUCGUUGUUCUCAUGAAGGCUAAGCAAUAUUUAUUGUACCAAGUUCAACUUUGUCAAAAUAAAAAAAACACACUUAGCAAAUGAAAAAGUUUGAUUCCAGAAGAGAAAUAAAAACAGAUCCUUACCAAAAGGAACAGUAGAACAAUUAUUUCCACUACACUGACUGCUUAGUUUCAAACUUCACCAUGUAUGUCAUUUUGAAAAGUGAUGUGUAAGUCGGUGUCUUCCACUGAACUUUUGGCUUGAAGUGGACCAUAGACCUUGAGGUUGAAGUUGACGAGCUUUGGGUGUGAAGUCUCUACCGUAAAAAUUAUUUUUCUAUUUUUAGUCUCAACGAAGUUUCGAUGCCGAAUGGUGUGUCAACCUACGGUUCACGUUAUAACAUAGGUAAAUAUAUCAGCUUUCUUACUUGCAAAACUUGGUCCUUUGUAGCUAGCAUCCUUUUAGUAAUAAAAAGAUGGUGUUGAAUGUAGCCUAUUAUUUUGUUGCCUUUCGAAAAGAAAUACUUACUCGUUUUUCUAUUUUCAUGACUGGUCAAUUGUAUAAAAACUUGUCUGUGAUGUGUUUGAAACAGGUGUUUGUAUUACGGUCUAGAACGCAAAUAGCAGAAUCCGGAAAUCUUGUUGCGUUUAAAUUUUGCUAGGUGUGCAUUUUAAAUACAAAGAACAUAUGUGUCACAAUGCGGUAGAAUCAGGCACUCGUCAAUUUUUGAGUAUAUG